UUUUAGAAGAAGCAGGCAGUUCUCUGUGAUCGAAGGUGUCUGGUCAUCACCGCAGCAAGUCUGCCCCGUAGACACCCUCCCUUCCUCGGGUACCUCGACCAGAACUUUCCCUACCCCCCUGGUGUUCUCGGCCCGCUGUGUUCGGCCAUGGCGACGAGCGCGAAGCGAAAGCAGGAGGAGACCCAUCUGAAAAUGCUCCGGGAAAUGACCAGCCUGCCCGCGAAUAGGAAAUGCUUCGACUGCGACCAGCGCGGCCCGACCUAUGUCAACAUGACGGUGGGCUCCUUCGUCUGCACCACCUGCUCCGGCAUCCUGCGAGGACUGAACCCUCCACACAGAGUGAAGUCCAUCUCUAUGACCACAUUUACACAGCAGGAAAUUGAGUUCCUACAGAAACACAGCAAUGAGGUCUGUAAACACAUCUGGUUAGGCCUCUAUGACGACAGGACAUCAGUUGUUCCAGAUUUCCGAGAACCACAGAAAGUAAAAGAGUUCCUUCAGGAAAAAUACGAGAAGAAAAGAUGGUAUGUUCCUCCAGACCAGGCAAGAGCAGUAGCAAGCGUCCAGGGCUCUGUGUCCGGCUCCUCGGCCAGCAGCACUGGCAGCACCCCGGAAGUGAAACCCCUCAAAACCCUGCAGCUCAACAAGACACCUCUGCGCCAGUCCCCAGGGCUAAGUCGUUCUCAAGCUCACAGUGCCGCUCAGGAGAAGAAGUUUGACCUGCUCUCAGAUCUGGGAGGAGACAUCUUCGCUGCUCCACCCACUCAAAAUGCCAGCUCUACAAACUUUGCCAACUUUGCACAUUUUCCAAGCCAGUCAGCACCUCAGGGUAAUUCAGACACCAACUUUGCCAACUUUGAUGCAUUUGGAAACACUGAAAUUCCAUCCCAUCUGAGCACGUCACCCCCCUCAAAGUCCUUUUCAUCAGGUACCCCCUCCCUCCCAUCGUCUUCACUCCACCUUCUCCACACACUCACCCUCAGCCUGGUAUUUUUUGUAUCCAUUUUGUUUCCACAGUGUCCACUGGGGAACCACCUCUCUGUAUCGAGAAACCCUGUACUGACACUCCAAGCAUGCAGAGGUGUGCCAAUCCCAUCAGUGUCUAGGGCCGUCCCUAUUCAGUGCCACACAGGGAGUUGCUCAGAGGACCGCUAUGCUGCUCUGGCUGAGUUAGACAACAAGCUCAGCUCCUCUGUGUCCUCAGGCAGUGGGAACAUUUUUGGACCGGUGCUUGGUUCAUCGCCAGCCCAGAAUGCACCUGUGUUACCCACACUGCAGCCUGGCUUUGGAGCCACAAAUCCCUUUGUUGCUGCAGCUGUUGCCCCGGAGAUGGCCACCAAUCCUUUCCAGGCCAAUGGCAGAGUUCCAGCUGCAGCUUCGUUCGGUCCUGGCUCUAUGAGCAUGCCCGCCGGCUUUGGGAAUGCGUCUUCCUACUGCCUCCCGACCAGUUUCAGUGGAAACUUCCAGCAGCAAUUCCCCGGCCAGGCCCCUAUCCCUUACCCUCAACCGGGGGCCUACCACCCUCAGUCAAAUGGCCCUGCAUUCCCAGUCUACAGUCAGAACAAGCCCUCCAUGACGCCCUUUGGGCAGCCCAUGGCUGGCCCUGGCAUGUCCAAUAACCCCUUCAUGGCGGGAGCUCCAGGGGCAUUUCCGUUAGGGGGUUCGUCCACCAAUCCUUUCCUGUAGCACAGCCCAAGGAUCUCUCCACCAGAGGGCAGCAUGCAGCACAUACUCAACUCACCGUUCCACACCAAUAGUGGCAGUACAUUUCUCAAAAAAAGAUUCAUAAAAACGUUUACAACACUAUGAAGGAGUACAAAGGACUAUAUUGAAGCCUAAUGGACUGUUCUGCUGGUUUUAUUGUUUGGACUAUAUACAUUAUAUGCUUUUUUUUAAUUUUUGUUUAUGACUGUAAGCUCUGUGCAUAUCAUUUGUAAUCGCAAUUAAGUAGAUGUUACGUAUAACAGAGUUAAAAAAGGUGAGUAUACACACACCUUGUGGAAGACAAAAACCACUACAAGCUAUGUAAGGGUAUACACUUUUAAGAUAAUUAACAGGGUUCCAUCCAAAUCCUUGAUUUGUUGUUUGAAGCAGCAAUGAGGAUCUGAGCAUUUUAUCAUCAAAAAGGGAUUUAUAUCUGUUAUUUUAGCACAAUUGCUACUAUAUUGGCAUUAAGGUGCAAAACUGUCCUUUUUUAUUAACUUACCGAUUCAGAGAGCUUCAUAUGACUCAAAGCAAUCCUGGACUAUUAUAGUAGACAUCCUUUUAGAUAUGAAUGAAAUUGUGAAAAAAUGGGACGGCUAUUUUAAUUUGAAGGUAGCAGAGGCAUCACAUGCUCUGCCCACCAGGGAAUGUGGACAGACGUGUCUAUUAGAGCACAAACACAGGGAAUGAAGCCCAGAAGCUGAGAUGAGUAUUUCUUUGUCCUGCUACUUAUUCCUCUAAAACAUUGAUAUGAUUGUUCAGUGAUCUCUCUGCUGCUGUUUGAAGAUAUCAGAGGAGCAGAUAUCCAAUAUUCACUCUGAUUUCAAUUGUUUGGUAAAGGCGAAGGGGAAGGUUGUUUUUUUUGGGGGGAAAGCGUCAGGGUUGUGGUUGUGUGUUCCCUUAAAACAAGUUUUUGUCGAGAUAAAAAACAAGUGCAACAUUUGAAGAUAAGACACUUAUGGGAUGUACGUUAUGUUGUAUUCGCCACAAUCCUGUGAUGAUCAGUCUUCUUCUUUGCCUUCUGAUUGAAAAGCUUUUAGAAAGAGGAACAGGAUUGAGGAGAAACAUUGGUCUCCACUCAGUUUGCUUUAAAUGAGGCAAAGGAAAAGAACAGGUUCAUUUAUGGAUUACUACUUAACUGGUUCCUCCUCUGUUUCUGGAGGACUCAGGUCUUAACUGUGCCACCAAUGACUAACAAUACAUUUGUGUUUCUUGUCUUUACAAGAAUAGUUAAGUAAAUGUGUACAUAUAUAAAUAUAUGUAUAAAUAAAUUAAAAGAUUUUUAACUACA